UUAUAUUUGUAGUCAUUUGAGUAGUUUGCGUUUUUUGAAUUUUAUAGUACUUGUCCUGUUUGGACCGUGAAAUGGAUGCUCUGAAGAGAUAGCAGCAGUAUGAAAAGCCAACGUUGUUUUCUCAGUAUCAGGUGUAUAUGGGCUGUAAGGGUGAUAAUAAUAGGAUGUUUGUUGGGCUCAUUGACGAGCUCGGCUGUGGCACAGGAAGAUGAGGACGAAGAUUCAAAUAUUAAAGAAGAUUAUACAGAAGAUUUGUCAACAGAGUUACCAGAACCCAAACCUGUUAACAAGCAUGCAUCAGCCGUAAGGCACUUUGGUAUGCCAAAAUAUAGAGGCGAAUUCAUCAGCUCGAAAGAAUCAUUCAAAGUGGAUGAAUGGCGUCCUGGCUUCGAGGGCUUGGGCACUAUUCAUGAGCAGAUGGGAGAAAAUCAUUGGCCCAAACCCAUUUUUACCAAGUACGAGUCCACGGUGACAUACCAACGUCAAAUUAUAUAUCCAAAAAUGGGCAUGACACCCAUCUAUAAUUUUACGCAUUAUGUGUUUCAAAAUACGUUAAGUGAUCCGCCCUACCUUCCCGAUGGGUAUGUGGUUACCAGCUCCAGGGAUACCUUAAUAUUGGGUCAGAAAACGGAGAUGAACGACUGGCGCGAUUUGCUAUGGAGGUAUUUCCAAUACCUCGUCUGGGUUGCCUUUCUGCUACUUUUAAUUAUAAUCAUACCAUUUAUUGGUGUCUGCUACUGUUGCUUCUGUUGCUGUCGACGCUGUCCCAAGGGCUGUCCGCCCUGUACGAGAGGUCGAGAGACUCGUUUACGAUUUAUAUAUGGAACUCUGCUCUUCCUACUUAUCGUUCUACUUGUCUUAUCCACUGUCGUUGUUUUCUUGACCAACAAAAUGAUCGAUCGGGGCAUGCGCGAGCCGACUCAAGCGAUGCGGAGAAGCGCUGAAGAUACCUGCAAAUAUCUUGAAGAUAUCCGUAGUCAUAUUUUCCAUCUGUUUGGCAACAAUUACGAGGAACUCAUGAAUCAACUCAUUUACUUGCUCACCCAUGCGCACCAUCACAUAUUCCUGGAUCUGUCCGAUAGCUCUGAUGCCAGUGGUCUGGAAGAAUUGGACCGUAUAUUCAAGAAUAUGCGUCAUGCGAGAGCGUUAAUGAAGGAAGUGAAUGCCAUGGAGAACGAAAUGCGGUACCUCAUCUCCCAGCUAAGAGAUGGAGUUCGAGGCGUUAAACGUGAAGUGACUUACGCCUGUCACAUUUCGUCACAUCCGAGAUGCCUAAAUUUUCUACAACGUUCGACGAUUGAGUUUAUAGACGCGGCGAGUUGUUUGCAUAUCGAUCAGUUACCCGAUUCGAACAUCUACCUAGAUGGAUUCAGGAAUAUAAUUGAUGAGAAUUAUAAUCGAAUAUCAAAGAAUGCUCUAUUGCGACUGCAGGCAGUCAAGAACGCUGUUGAUGAGCAUAUGAAAAGGGCGGCACCUCCCAUAAUACUUAGCUUAAAAAGGGGACGUGACUCACUGCUCUAUAAGGCGAUUGAGAUUCGCACCAAAAUCGAUACUGUUGUCAACAAUUUGUACUUUUCGUCGUUGGGCGCCUCCAGAUCCUUUGAGGGCUUCUAUAACAGAUAUGCCAAAAAUCGAUCGGCUAUUAAUCUAAUUGUCUUCAUACUGUUGAUGUUGAUUUCCAUCACACUUAUCAUUGGCCUGAUCUGCGGCUGCUUUGCGAGUAAGGCAGCGGGUGCUGUAAUUUUGCUAUUUGCUCUCAUCUUCAUCUUCUGCGUACUGUCCUUUAUUCUACUUGUGGGUCUUUUCUAUUUUAUAAUCGGGCUACUGACCUAUGGCGGGGCAUGUGAGCCUUCUGGAUAUUUACGUAACCAUGAGACUUUCCUAAAUGUAGAUCGAAAACUGCGACUUUUUCAAAUGUACCAUGAUUCAGAGGACAUAAGCACACGACAAGCUUUGAUCGCCCUUCAAAGUUGUAGUCCAAAUCACACUGUAUUUAAUGUGCUACAGGAUAACUCCAUAUAUGAUGUAACUGAAUUGACGAAAAUUGAAAUUUUCAGCGAAGAUGACCUUUUGAUGCCAUCAUCUCACGAAGACUUCUCAAGUUUAACACUAUUAACUGCAGACGAAUUGCACAAUUUAAAUCAGCUUCUAAAUGGAAAUUUAUCAACGUAUCGAAGUCAACUAUAUACGCAAUAUUUAUGCAGGGGUCUUACGCCCCGUGCUUUGCCUUCUUAUGCCCAGGAGUUGAGGUCAAUAGUCAAGGAUCUCUAUUUUGGCUAUUACGCGGGUCAUUGGAAUAUACGGGUCGCACUAAAUAACGCUGCCAUGAGUCUUGAUGUUUAUCAUAAUGAAUUUGUUGUUCCAAUUCUAAAUCUUCAAAGAUCGAUGCGGGAUAAGUUGAAAAAAAUCGAUAAAAUGAUCUUGUAUAAUAAUAAUAAUUUUGGCUAUAGUAUUAAAACUCUGCUUCGAAUGGCAAUCGAUGCAGAAGCGUUUAUAAAAUCAAAAGGAAAGUAUUUCAUUUAUGAGCUCGCAAAAAACCUGUCUAUAUUCUGUUCGGAGGAGACGCAACAAUUUAUCUCAAUGAUCGAACGUAAAUGCGAAAAUGAAGUCGGACGUUGUGAACUAUUAUCUAACAUCUAUCAUCGUAGUGUUGAUUUGAUCUGUGAAAAUCUUAUUGAUCCAAUUAAUGGCUUUUGGGUUGGUGUGUUGUCCGCUGCUUUAAUACUCCUACCUCUAUUGUUUAUUCUGCAUCGCCUAAUAUGCCUAUACAAAAUAUAUACCCCUCCAACUGCAGCUACUUUUGUUGGACAUUGUCCUGCCUGCAUUGUUCGUGCCCCAGGUGGAUAUUACGCUAACACCCGGAUAGCUAUUCUCGAUAAUAUGCAAGAUUAUAAUGAUCCUCCCUUUGCUGCCACUAAGCAAAAGAAGAAGGACUAAUAAUGUCUAAACGUUAGUAUUCAAACUCAGCGCCAAAGUUUCGUUAAAAAUCAAAUUUAGAACGAAACGCAACACAACGUAACCGAACUAUCGCAGCAUCGUUACUAGUGUGCUAUCGGUA